AUUUAAUUUGUAUUUCUCAUAAUAAAAGUUUACUUAAUCUGAAUUAUAUUGUUUUGUUAAUAUCCAUUUAUAGUUGGGUUGGGCUUUUAUCAGCAUAUGAAUAACUUUUCUAUUCGCAAUGCAGGCUGCUACCUUAAAGAAGAAAUCAACAGGUCUUAGCAAAGGCAAAUUAAAAAAGACAAUAAAAAAUGUGUUAUGCCGUCCGGAUUCUAUAAAUUGGCCAGUUCUAUCAGAAGAAAACGCCAGAGAUUUAAGUACGUCUUUAAGGAAAUAUAAAGUGGAGAUUCCGGAAUUUAAGAAGUUGAAAUGGGACGUACUAAAGAAUAUACCUAAAGAAGAAAGGCCAAAGCCACCACCAAUUAAAAAACCAGAUGGCCUGCUACUUGGAUUAAGACAAUGCUCUGAAGCUAUUAGAAACAAAGAUUGCUCUGCAUUAAUAGUUGAUUCAGAAGUGAAUCCAAAAUCUAUUGCUCAACCCAUAAUAGAAGCCUGCAUAACAGCUGAAGUGCCUGUUAUCGGCUUUAAAAAUUUAAAGGAGCUAUCUCUCAGCAACUUUGGUGUCAAAACCGCCUGUCUAGGUGUCAAACAGGGUUGUCUAGAAGAAAUCUCUAAAAAGAUUAGAGAAUUAGCAAAAAUGUGUGCUCCAAUGCCACCAAAAUCUGUUCAGAAGGAAGAAGUGACUGUCAAAACGGAAUCACAAGAUAUCAAAAUGUCAGAUAGUAUUGACAAUACUGAAAUAACAAAUUACCUCCUAAAACGAAUAUCUAAGAAAACCAGAGUCUUUGUACCUCCAUCUGAUACUGAGACCAAAGAGGUCAAGAAGAAAUUUGCUGGACAAGAUUUUAUAGAAUUUUCUGGAAAAACGAAUAAGGAAAAUACCAGUGACGAAAGGAAUGUUAAACAUGCUUAUAAGAAUAUGAAGCUAAAAAGAAUUACAAACAAUCCAAACAGACUGCAUAUGGGGAAAAAAAGGAAAACUGAAAAUGCCAAAUAAUAAG